CCCAUCUUCCACCCAAUUCCCUACUCCCUACAGUGAACAGGCAUACCUCUUUCCUUCUCGCCCCUUACUUCCUCUCCCUCAACAGCAGCACCUGCAAUUUUCUAAAUAAGAUACUUGACGCAUAGAUUUGCACUUUGCAAGCUGCGGAACAAGAGAGUUCGGCCCCCCUCUUCUUCGGUUUUAAUGAGCACAGGAUUUUCGGACCACACAUCGAGCGUCUCCCUACUCUGACGGAAUCUUCCGUACUUUGACUUUCUAUUGUUGAUUUGAGCGUAACUUCCUUUCCUCCUGGAAUAGCUUUUGGAGGUUUAACUGGCUAUUUGGGAACGUCUAGACGGUGUUUGAUGGAAUACCUGAUAGAAUUCUCCCCUCAUUUUUCCUUCUGGGUUCAAAUGGAGUAUUUGAUAGGAUAAGGUGUUCAAUAGGUGAUUUGUCAUGAAAGAGCCUCUUUGUUUUGAUUCGUGUGCGCAUGGUAGAGAAGUGCCGAAUUAUUGUUCAGAAAGUCUCAAUUUUUCUAAUGGGUGCUCCUUUUGCACAUGAAGAGACAUAUAAUCUCCUCUUCACUCCAUUAUCUAAAAAUCAUUGAUUUCCAUCCACUUUCGGGUUUUGAUCCAACAUAUUUUAUAUGUCGAAGAUGGCUGAGUGGGAGAGUCUCUCCUGUAUGUUUAGCCAAUACCAGACCUUUUCCUGAUUAUUCCCCAAAGAGGUCUGCUAUUAAAGACACUGAACUUGUGCAUCAAAUCACCACGACAAUAAAGCUUCGCCGCUCUGAGCCUCUUCGCCGCAUUCUAAAACCUUAUGAAUCCAAAUUCAAACCUGAUCAUCUAAUAUGGGUUCUUAUGGACAUAAAGAAUGACUAUAAACUGGUUUUAGAUUUCUUUAACUGGGCACGUCUGCGCAGAGACCCAACAUUGGAGGCCCUUUGUAUUGUACUUCAUAUUUCUGUGACAUCAAAGGACUUAAAAAUGGCACACAGGCUGGUUCAUGAUUUCUGGGCAAAGCCCAAUCUGGAUGUUGAUCAUUCUUUUGCAAACUUUACAGAGCGGUUGAUAUAUACCUACAAGGACUGGGGUUCAGAUCCUCAUGUAUUUGAUAUAUUCUUCCAAGUCCUAGUUGAAGGUGGGAUGCUCUUGGAAGCCAAAAAACUGUUUGAUAAAUUGUUAAAUUAUGGUCUGCUGGUCUCUGUAGAUUCUUGUAAUCUGUUUCUAGCUAGGCUAUCGAACAAUUUUCAUGGAAUAAAGAUGGCAUUGAAGCUAUUUAAUGAGUAUGCUGCAGUGGGUGUUUCUUGGAACACCACAUCAUAUAAUAUUAUUCUUCAUUGUCUAUGUCAAUUGGGUAUGAUCAAAGAAGCGCACCUUUUGCUCAUACAAAUGGAAUUUAAAGGCCAUAUGCCUGACAUUAUAAGUUAUAGCACUGUGAUUAGUGGAUACUGUCAAAUUGGACUGCUAGAGAAAGUUGUGAAGCUUGUAGAAGAAUUGCAGAGAAAGGGAAUUAAACCCAAUGAAUAUACCUACAAUGAUGUAAUUCUUCUUUUCCAUAAGACUGGUAAAGCAGUUGAAGCUGACAAAGUCUUGUGGGAAAUGACAAGCCAGGGGAUAUAUCCUGAUCAUGUGAUUUACACAACCAUCAUAAGUGGUUUCUGCAAGUCUGGCAAUAUCUCAGCCGCAUACAAGUUCUUUGAUGAAAUGCAAGGUAAGAAAAUAAUUCCUGAUUUUGUGACAUAUACUGCUAUGAUUCAUGGACUUUGUCAAAAUGGAAAAAUGGUGGAAGCUCACGAUCUUUUCAGUCAAAUGCUCAGUAAAGGGUUUGACGCAGAUGAGGUUACUUAUACAGCAAUCAUUGAUGGGUAUUGCAAGGCAGGGGAAAUAAAAGAAGCCUUUUCCUUACACAACCAGAUGGUUCAGGAAGGUUUGACUCCAAAUAUUUUCACUUAUACUGCCCUAGUUGAUGGGCUCUGUAAACGUGGAGAGGUAGAUAUAGCAAAUGAACUUCUUCUUGAGAUAGCUGGAAAGGGCCUACAACCAAAUGUUUGCACUUACAAUGCUCUCAUCAAUGGCCUUUGUAAGAUAGGAAAUAUAGAGCAAGCAGUAAAAUUGAUGGGAGAAAUGGAACUCGCUGAAAUUUAUCCUGAUCCUGUUACUUACACGACUCUUAUGGAUGCUUAUUGUAAGCUUGGGGAAAUGGCCAAAGCUCACGAGCUGCUGCGCAAGAUGCUCGAUAAAGGACUUCAGCCUACAGUUGUUACAUUCAAUGUGCUAAUGAAUGGGUUUUGCAUAUCAGGAAUGUUGGAAGAUGGUGAAAGACUAAUUAAAUGGAUGUUAGAUAAGGGCAUAACACCGAAUGCAACAACUUUCAAUUCUCUUCUGAAGCAGUAUUGCAUUAGAAAUGACAUUCAUGCCGCCACAAAAGUUUUCAAGGGAAUGCAUGACGAGGGAGUGGUGGCCGAUAGUAACACAUACAAUAUCUUGAUAAGAGGGCAUUGUAAAGCUAGGAAUAUGAAAGAGGCAUGGUUUUUGCAUAAAGGAAUGAUUGAAAAAGGAUUUGAUCUCACAGCCUCUUCUUAUAAUGCCCUUAUAAAGGGGUUCUUUAAGAGGAAGAAAUUUGUGGAGGCGAGGCAAUUCUUUGAUGAGAUGAGAGCAAAAGGAUUGGUAGCAGAGAAAGAGAUAUAUGAUAUAUUUGUUGAUGUAAAUUAUGAAGAAGGGAAUUUGGAAAUUACCCUUGAGCUUUGUGAUGAAGCAAUAGAAAACUGUCUUGUUGGUAAGCUUGUGAAAGGGAACUCAUAAGUGAAUUUUUUGUGCGUUUUAAUUGCUUGUGUGAUUGAUCUGCUUCUUUGCCUUGGUGGCUGAUUUGAAAUUCAUUUGAACCUCAGAACAUCUAUGAUUCAAAUCAUAAGGCAAGUAGUUUUUGAAACUUUCAUGUGCUCUGCAGAGACUGAAGUAGAUUUCUCAUAAACACAUGCAAAUACAGAAAGAAGGCCCUCGUGUUCAGCUGCACACUUACCGGCAGAGAGAAUUGGAUUGUGCAAAACGGAUGUGCUGUGUGGCGUUCAUGAAAGGAACAAUUACAAAGGAGAAGUCUCAAAUUGAAGCUGGUUAAAGGUGUUGUAAUCAAUGAGAGAGAUCAUGAUUAAUACAAUUUUUUCCCAAAUUUGUAAAUUCCUUUUUCUAAACAUGUAGCCCAAGCUUAUAUUUUGGUCAACUUGCAUGAAUCGUUGCAGCUAUUAAUUUUAUCAUUUGGUGUCAAUAAUGAUUGGUUUUCGAUUGGCUGUUGACAUUUUAUGGAGGUGAAUAGAAACUUAGAAAGAAA